CAGAAUAGUACGGCUUCUUUGUUUGGCAAAAGUGAGCAUAAUAAAAUUUCGUAGAUUUAUCCAUUUUAAACAAAUUUGAAUUGAUAUCGUAGAGAUUUUUCAUCUGGAAUACAUUUUAUAUAUAUAUAUAAAAAAAAAUCACAGUAUGUGCAGGAAAUAUUUUUGACCAGACCUGUUCUUUUUCAAAAAUACUCGCGCACAACAAGCAUCGAUUUUUCAUUAUUUUUGUUCGUGUACAGGGAAGAACACGUGCAUUAUCCCGCUCCUCAGAACAAGGAAACGAUGAGUAAUACCGACAACAAAAGUGAAUUGGAAUAUUUCAAGGAAAAAGAGGAGAAUUUAGCCAGUAGUGAAUCUGCUUCUGCGUCGAGUAGCCACCAAAGCAGCCUGGAUAGUGGGGAUGAAAAUGUCGGACGAGGAAACUGGUCGGGCCGGCUAGACUUCCUGUUGUCUUGCAUAGGAUAUGCUGUGGGACUGGGGAAUAUAUGGAGGUUUCCUUAUUUGUGUUAUCAAAGUGGAGGAGGGGCAUUUUUAAUUCCGUAUGUGAUUUUCCUGAUCCUGUGUGGGAUGCCAUUAUUCUUCCUGGAGGUCAGUUACGGCCAGUUUGCCAGCCUGAGCCCCAUCACAGUGUGGAAAAUUUCCCCGCUCUUUAAAGGUGUGGGAUAUGGUAUGGUCAUCAUAUCGGGGAUUGUAUGUGUGUACUACAACAUAAUCAUCACGUGGACAAUCUAUUUCCUGUAUCACUCCUUCAAAGCAGUCCUGCCCUGGAGUACGUGUGACAAUUCAUGGAACACGGAGAAAUGUUACGUCCGCGGCAAAAGUGAUCUGACCAAUGGAACAAAUGGAUACAAUGUCUCCAAUGUAAACACAACAAACCUCUUCAAUUCUUCAGACGUAGCAGUGACUUUUACCGGCUUGACAAGCAAUGUGUCGAAAUUGAAUACAUCAGACAGGGUCACAGCCAGCGAAGAGUUCUGGCAGAGAGAAAUUUUGCAAAUCACGGACGGAAUUGAGGACUUGGGCAGUAUUCGAUUGGAGCUCCUCAUCUGUCUGGCAGUGGCAUGGAUUGUCGUUUUCCUGUGCCUGUGUAAGGGAGUUAAAUCAUCUGGAAGGGUAGUGUAUGUGACGGCCACCUUUCCCUAUCUGGUUCUGACCAUUCUGUUUAUCCGAGGGGUCACACUUCCUGGUGCCGGAGCCGGAAUAUACUUCUAUCUCGUCCCAGAGUGGGAGAAACUUCUGACAUUCAAGGUGUGGGGAGAUGCUGCGGUGCAGAUCUUUUACUCGGUGGGUAUGGCCUGGGGAGGUCUCAUCACAAUGGCCAGCUACAACAAGUUCAAUAACAACUGUUACCGUGAUGCCAUGAUGGUACCGCUAAUCAACUGUGGAACCAGUGUGUUUGCGGGGCUAGUCAUUUUCUCUAUCCUAGGAUUCAUGUCUCAUGAGACGGGUGUCGACAUCACAAAAGUUGUUACACAAGGACCGGGUUUGACAUUCGUGGCGUAUCCAGAAGCUGUGGCCAAACUUCCAGUUUCCCCUCUGUGGGCGUUUCUGUUUUUUCUCAUGUUGUUCAGCGUGGGUUUGGAUACUCAGUUUGGAAUGUUUGAAACCAUGACUAGUGCCUUCAUUGACGAGUUUCCGACUCUGUUGAGGAAAAGGAAGGUGCUGUUUACUGCUUUCUUAUGCUUCAUUGAAUUUCUCCUGGGGAUUCCGUGCAUCAUGCAGGGAGGGAUCUACGUGCUCCAGAUCAUGGAUUGGUACUGUGCUGUCUUCUCUAUGAUGUUGUUGUCAUUGACCGAAUGUGUGGUCAUCGGCUGGAUCUAUGGUGCGGACAGGUUUUACAAGGACAUCGAACUGAUGAUUGGGUAUCAGCCCUGCUUGUGGUGGAAGAUUUGCUGGAUGGUUAUCACGCCAGUUACGAUCAUUUGUAUAUGGCUGUUCAGUGUGACCCAGCUGAGCCCAGUGACUUACGGAGAUUACAAGUACCCAGAUGUUGCCAUUGCGAUUGGUUGGAUGCUCGGCCUUGUGUCCCUCUUGCCUGUGCCAUUGUGUGCUCUGAUCGCUAUUCUGGGGGAACAAGGAAGUCUGAUUGAGCGAAUCAAGAAGUUGGUCCACCACUCUGAUGACUGGGGUCCAGCAGUGGAGAAACACCGAGCGCGAUACCUACAAUCACUACAGGACUCCUCCCCCCACGUCUACUUAGACUCUGUAGUUUGUACACCGCUAGUCGAGUCAAAAGACAAUGCUGCAAGUCAACUCUCAUAGGACAUUAUUAGGUCAUGGAAUUUAAAGUUUAGUUGCUGUCAGUGCACAUAUAAGUUAAUGAGUUUCAUAUCAAGAAUCUCUGUAACAAGACCCACCAGACAAUAGGGGCUUAAGAAUUUCUAGGGACCAAAAAUGAAGUAGCACUGAAAUGUAUUGAAAUUUUUUAACAAGGUUUUUAUAAGGUUUGGUUUUAUGAAGUAUCAGAAUUUCCAUUCAUACAGUACACAUACUUUCAAAUUGUUGAAUUUUUAGGUGGGGGGGGGGAUGCAUAAAUCUUAAUACAUCGUACAUGUAUACGAAUGUUAUGGUGGAAGUAGGUGCUAGGUUUGGAAAAAUCAUUACUCUGAUUCUUAAAUUUGUAAAAUUUAAUGUGGCAAGCAAGUUUUUGAAUUUUAUUCAGUGUUACUGGACUGAAUAGAGUUUCAUAAUCAUUGUAUAGAUGUUUCAUUUCCUACACUUUAAAUUUGAAUUCAUGUAUUUGAUAUAUGUGUGUUUUCAUUUUUUAGAUUAUUAAGCAUAUUUUAUCAUUUUAACUCUAAAAAUGCGGAUGGUUGAAAUUAGAAUUAUCUGUUGUCAUUGCAUUGACCUACCGAUAGCCUUUGUAUGAAGGUACCCAGCAAUCAAAAGCACAGCUUCCAACUCCCUGAAGAGCAAUGUCUUUCUAAAUUCUGGUCAGGUUGAGAUUUUCUAGGAUAUACAUCAUUAUGCACACUACCCGCUGCUAACAGAUUAUCACUCGCUAUUAGGUUGUUCAUGGUUAGCAGCUGUGCAAAAGUUUCAUUUCCCCCCAAAUGCUUUGUUUGUGAACUACUCGUAGAAGAGCAGAAUCUCUUAGUAUUGUCUUCAAUAAAGAAUAAUGGUUUUAUUGAGGUGAAGAACAAUGCAAUUUUUAACUUUUUUUUUUUUUUUUUUUUUUUUUGGCUUUUAAUAUGCUGAGUCUCAAUUUUUCUUCAAUGAAGAAGUAGGGAUUUUAUUGAAAAAGGCUAUUGCCUCCAACUUGCCAAACGAAACAGCAUUUCAUCUCCUUCCUACAUGUCAAAGGGGAUACUGAAAGGCAGUGGUGUUUAUAUUGACACCAAUACAAGACAAUUCAACCUGCAUCAGGUUCAAUGACCCAUUUAUAGAUGUACUCAACUUCAUCAUGCUCUUGUGUGUGUUUUUUCUUCUUUAAAUAAUAAAAUUCAAAGAAUGAAUGUAAAAAAAAAAUUAUUUAUUAAAACAUGAAUUUUUAGUAACUUUUCUUGGUCACAAUUCAUUUUCUUGAGUGCUUUUUGUGUUGUACUUGUAGAUGUUCAUGCCUGCAGGAUUAAAUGUCAGGAAUAUGUUUUUGGUCUGUCUGUCUUAGAUUUUAACCUUAGUACUUUUAAUUUUAACUCGACAAAAGAGACUCUUCAAACUUGCUGAACUUUACAUUCUGUCACAAAUGAAAAUUUAGGUCAAUUCGUACAUCCUUUGAUUUCUCUUGAAAUGUGAUAGUUUUCGUGUUGAAAUAGUUCAAAAUUGAAGAUAUGAUUUAUAAUACCAAAACUGAUUCCUUUCCCAAAUGACAUUUUUCCAUUUUCAUUGAAAAUUUUCAUAACCAUGAAGUUUUCCAUUUGAAUAGAAAUUAUUGGAAAAUCGUACAUGUAAUUUCAUUAUAUGAGGAUUAAGGGCGAGGUGAAAACUUCAGUGUCUGAAAAAAAACUAAAUUCACAUGGUUUUCAACACACACACCCCCCCCCCCCCCCACCCCCCUUUGAAAAUAAAUAAGAUGAAUGUUGAAACUAAUAAAAGCAUAUGAUUAUAAAUAACACUCUGUAUACCUUUCCUUAGAGUACUGUUUAUUCACAAAUGAAAGUGCACAAUAAAACUAUUUAUGUUCAUUGAAAUGUAAUAUUAUGUGGUUUUUAACAGUCAUUUGUCUUUUUCCACUAAAGUGUAAUCGAUGUUGGAUGAUAGAAACUUUUGAGAAAUUUUAUACCCCCUCCCCCUAACUAUUUGAAUUCAGAUUUUUUAUAAAUCUGACAUCGAUCUUUUGAUCUCACCCCUAACAUGUAUUCAUUUCAUUGUUGUUGAUGCUUGUGUUAAUCUUAUUGUUGUUAUACUUGUGGCCCAUACUUUGUGGAGCUUUCUACAGCUGUUGAAAAUAGGAAUACUUGGUCAUUUGAGAGAAAAUGGGAGAAAAUUCAUGAUUUUUUUUUAUGUUAGACACUCUAAAUUCAUAACAUACAGCUAAAGUAAGAAUAAAUUUUGUUUAUUUUCCCUAUUUAAUGUGGGGUUUUUUGUGGUUCUUAAUUAAGGGCAAAUUAGGUUGUUGGUGGACACCAAUGAGCAUUGCCACACACGGGGGCAUUGUGUUUUGCAAACAUUAGAACUUGCAGUCAAGUUGAAACUUGCGUUCAUUUCAUUCUAGUACUGUGUAUAGAGCUGCUUAGUGUUCUUUCUCUCUUUCACACUUCAAAUAAAUUAAUCGGAAGCAA